CGCAGAAAGGUAUCCAUUAUUCCUGAAAGCAAUUCUAAAGUGCCUCAUGAAACAAGGCAGCGAUAUGUUAACUCUUUUGUGGAAGAGUUUUUGAAAGAGUCUGCAUCUGUCCAGGAAGCCUUUGAUAAGGCUUUAUCAGAAGAAAAGGCAAUUUAUGAGCGGUGUGGGAGUAAGAACAUGUAUCUUAGCAUAGCCGUUAAUAGCCUUAAAAAGCUCAGAGAUCAACACAAUAAUGGUAGGAGAAUCUUUCAUUGUGCCUUUUUCUCAACCCUCUUGUUUUGGUACUGCAGCACCACUAUUUCUCAGGAACAUGGUGAAAUAAGGCUGCAGAUGAUAAAAAUGUGA